AUGAAUGAUAGACAAUUGACCGCUAUCAAUCAGCUGACGCAAAGGGCAGGCCAGAUGGUGGGCGGACCGCACCUGCGCCAGCGCACGCUCGCUCAUCAUGGAUCUCCCUCGUACUCGAGUGCACCCUACGGUUACAGUAGUUCAAUAUUACCGUACGGAUCAUCAUAUAGUGCUACUUACUUAAGUCCGGGCAGCAAUUACAGUUCACACUCUUCGCUUGGAGGAUACUCGAGGACACCUUUGACAUCCCGAUGGCUAACGAGUGGCAGUCGUGCUUAUUCGCCUAUGCUUUCAACAAUAUCUGAGAAAGGCACAUUAACACCUGUACGAAUUAAUAGCCCGAGGAGAGCUCCUAUUAUAAACAGGAAUUAUGUAUCACCCCAGUAUUCACACAAACCAAUUAAUAUCAAUACAGCUGAUAUCGAUGUAUCUAGAGACAAAUAUAGAUAUAAAAAAUCGAACACCACUCCCGAGCUAGCAUCCAAGUUGCCAUCAAGAAAUGAUAGUCCAAAAACUAAUAAAGAAACCGGACAUGACAAACCUGAUAUCGGAAUCGAUUCAUCUCCAGGACGUAAGCGUACUACAAUAAAACGCGACCGGCCUGUUGUUAGACUUCAUACAGUGAAACGUAAAGAUAAAGAUUCUCCGCGCAAGCCGGUUCAAAACGAUUCAAAUAAAGCAAUUAAUGCGGAGACUGAGACAGAGAAGUUAGAGAAACAAAGUGAAACAUUGAAAUGGCGACAAAAGUUAGCCGAUGAUUUGUCUUAUCGCGUACAAAAAGAAAAGAAAUCUUUAGGUGCAAAAUUAGUAGAAAAGUUUACACUUAAAGAUAAAGAAAAUGAUGAUUAUACAGUAACAAAAAAAGAAUCGCCAACUAGUGUAGUUAUUAGAGAUAUUUUGAAUAAAAAUAAUAUCGAAAAUAAUGAAACCAUGGAUAAAUUAAAUAGGCGAUGCUCCAUGGAGCUUUUAGCCGAACAAGCAUGUUUAUUAGAUUCUUUAAUAAGGAGAGAGAAUUUAAGUACUGUAACCUUAGAUUUAAGUAAAAUUGGAACUGAGGGAGAUUCUGGAACAAAAUCACAAGCAAAUACGUCUAAAAAAGGAAAAACCUUACAACCAGUAAAUGCGUUAACCACUACGAAAUCUGAUCACUCACUACACGAUCGCCUCAAGGAUAAAAAAAUAAUUGAUAAAAAACCUUCAAAAAGGCGAAGUAUAAGAAAGUGUUCAUCUGGCAGUAGUAUUUGUAGAUUAGACUCUAUUACCGAAACACCUAAAAACGUUAAACAAUUAGAUGCGUCUGUUAUUGAAAAUCAAGAGACAAAUGAAAAAACAAAAAAAGUCGUGAAACCUAAGGUUAAACGUAAAAUAACAUCUACAGUAGAAGUAACAACACCACCUUCACCCUUAAAAUUUAUUGUUGAAAAUGUUACAGUAGAGGAAAAAUCCAGACCACCUAAAAAGGAUAUAAUAUACAGUAGUACAGUAGAUGAAAUCCUUCCUCAAGAUAAACCUUUUGAAGUUAAUACAGAAGAAACACAAAAUAUAUAUUAUAAUACAAAUAUAGAAUCAAUGGAAUCGAAUAGUUCUAAUAAUGACAUAAAAGUUAAUAUAUCAGAAAAUUUAGUUAAAGGUCAUAGAAGAAGUAUAAAAACUAAACCUGUUUUAAAAGCAAAUAGCAAUUUAGAUUCACCAGAACCGGAAGAUGGAAAUUUUUGGGAUAAAAUCGGUAAACGAGAAACGGUUUACUUAGUCAAAAGAAAACAAAACAUAGAAGAUACACAAGAAAAAAUUAAGCGAUCUUUAUUUUGGUUCCCAGGAGAAGAAGAGGAGGUUGAAUGUUCAAAUUCAGAUGCUUUCGAUAAUAACCAUGAAAAAAAUAUUAUUAAUAAUACUUCAUUAGACGUAAAAGAUCACAUAGAUUCAAAAGUAAAUUUAAAUUUGAAUAAAGAAACAUUUCAGGACAACAGUACAAAACUACCAGUAGCACAGGAAAAAAAUGAUAUGAAAGAAGAAUCCAUUACAAAAAAUUCAAAGGCAGAAAUAGAAAACCUAGAUAAAACUAAAGAUGAAACAAAACCGAAACAAACUUGCACUAAAACCAAUAAAGAGGCUGAUACAAGCCGUGACCUUAAUAGUGAAAAACCAAAAAUUAGAAAUUUUAAAGUUAAAAAGAAUCUUGAUUCUAAUAAUAAAAAAUUAAACUUAGUUACCAAAGUAGAUUCUAAAAUAAAGGAAAGCAAGAAUGAAAGCCCAAAAACUUCAGAGUUUCAAAAAAUACAAGAAGAGGAAAAGAAUAUUCAAAAUAAUUGUUUGGCGGCUGUAAACACAAAUACUUUAGAAAAUAAUAGUAAACGAGACAAAAUAUCAGUAGACAUUAUUUCAACACAAAAGAAGGAUUCUGAUAUGUUAGAAGAGGCUAAGAAAGAAGUAGUAAAGGAGGUAGAUGAAGUUUUAAAAAUUACAAUCCAAGGCAUGUCUAAAGAAAAUUUGAAUCACGAACAUGCAGAUAAACUAUCUGCUGAAAAAAUUAAUGAAAAUCAAUCUGAAAUUGACAUCGAUUCAGAAAUUAAGAGAUGUAAUGACGAUAAUGUAAGCGACAAAGAACCAUUAAAAAGUGAAAAUAAUGUCGAUGUUCACGACUACUUAAAAACAAAUUUAUCAAAAGAAAAUGAAUCACAACUUACAUCUGGUUCAGAUCUCAUAGAAAGUAUUGAGGAUACCAAAGAUAAAAGUAAUGUAGAAAAACUAAGCUCUGUCUUGCUAUCUUCCGAAGAGCAAAAAUCUUGCUCCAGUACCUCUAAUGAAGUAAACAUUCCAAAUAUCGUAGAUGAAGUUAAAAAUUCAAUAAAGAAAUCAAUUGUAGAUAAUAAAGAGAACAAUGUUUCAAAUGAUAAAAAAGAUAUACCGAUGGAGAAACCUGCUAUAAUACCUCCAAAGAAAGUGAAAGAAGAAAAAUCACCAUUCGUGUUAAUCGCUACACCUCGGCCAUUACAAAAGCGAAAUCCACAAGUGAUUCGUUCAUCCUCCUCUUCCGAAACAUCUGAAGAAUCAUCAGACGAGGAUGAGGAUGAAAAGGAAUCCGACUCAAGCGAAGAAGGAACAGAGUUUUUUGAGUGCGAGGGCAAUGUCGAUGGAAGAACUUCAACUGGAUCUAAUGAUUCUGGAUUUGAUUCUUCGGCACCAACGUCCCCUGCGAGUUUCCUACAUGUUAAGAAAGACUGUGAUGUAAAUUGUCAUCGAAAGUGUGAAAAGUUGACUGCAAAUUUAUGCGGUGUGAAUCAACGUCUACUAGUUGAAGCUUUGGCAACUCGUACUACUUCGAAAAAAGGUGCAGACAGCCCCAGUACUUCCACAAGCCCCGCAACCUCUCAAACCUAUAACUUUGAUAUCUCCGAACAAGAGUUGGAACAUUCGACAGCAUACGAUCUGUUUAGAAAAACAGGGCGAUUUAUUCCGCCGGCCCGUUCCAUCCCACGCUUCCGAAAGUACACGAUCGAUGACUUCCAGUUUAUUAGAGUAUUAGGCAAGGGUAGUUUUGGCAAGGUUAUGUUGGCAGAACUCAGAGAUACAGAAUACUACUAUGCUGUUAAAUGUUUGAAAAAGGACGUCGUUCUAGAAGACGAUGAUGUUGAGUGCACUCUAAUUGAAAGGAAGGUGUUAGCGCUGGGAACGAAUCAUCCAUAUCUUUGUCACUUGUUUGCUACAUUUCAAACAGAUUCGCAUUUGUUCUUCGUAAUGGAGUAUUUAAACGGCGGUGACCUGAUGUUCCACAUACAACAGAGCGGUCGCUUCCCGGAAGCGAGAGCACGACUUUACGCCGCUGAAAUUGUGUCAGGCCUUAAAUUCCUGCAUAAAAGAGGAAUCGUAUACAGGGACUUAAAAUUAGACAAUAUUUUAUUAGAUUUCGAUGGUCACGUAAGAAUAGCUGACUUUGGAAUGUGUAAGCUACAAAUAUACCUAGAUAAGACGGCGGACACGUUCUGCGGUACUCCAGAUUAUAUGGCACCUGAGAUAAUAAAAGGUCUGAAGUACAAUCAGACUGUGGACUGGUGGUCGUUCGGUGUCUUGUUGUAUGAGAUGCUGAUAGGUCAGAGUCCUUUCAGUGGCUGCGAUGAGGAUGAACUAUUCUGGUCCAUCUGUAAUGAAAUGCCUUCAUACCCGCGCUUCCUGUCAAAGGAGGCACUUAGUAUAUUAACUAGGUUACUGGACAAAGACGCUAAGACUCGUCUUGGCGGGACGGAGUGCAUGUUCGGAGACGUCCGCGAUCAGGAUUUCUUCAGACCGAUCAACUGGGAGCGACUCGAACACAGGGAGUUAGAGGCGCCCUUCAAACCUAGAGUGAGGCACCCGAUGGACACCCAAUAUUUCGACCGCGCGUUCACGGGUGAACGACCGAGACUGACGACGGUCGAACCUCAAGUGUUGCGAUCAAUGGACCAGGAGCCGUUCAGAGGGUUCUCAUACACUAACCCAAAUGCUACGGAUCGUUAA